CGUCUCACGCCGCAGCCUCCUCCUCCUCCUCAUCCUCGGCUGCGCAAGUCGUUCUUGCUGAUGGAAAAGGUCUACCUAAACAUUUGGAAGGCCUGAUUAACGUCCUUUGUUGUUUCGCUUCAAGCUUAGCUUUAGAAUCGUCAUCCUCAGGCUCGGCCAUGUCUCUCAGCGUCCACGAACCCCAGGCAUUCACCACAUACGGCUGGGUAGCAUGCAUAUGGGUCCUUAUAGUAUCUUUCCAGUAUGGCUUCCACAUAUCCUCCCUCAACCAAAUACAAGCAGUCCUCACAUGCCGUGCGCUCGACGAGACGAGCCCUGCCACGCACAUGGGUAUGCCCACUUGCAUCCCCAUGACUGACGCGACCUUCUCCGUGGUCACUUCCGUUUACACCGUCGGCGGGCUCCUCGGGAGCUUGGGCGCGAACCUCGUUAUGGACCGCUGGGGCCGCAGAGGUGCGGUGCGUGUCAGCGCGAUCGCAACCGGACUGGGUGCGGCCUUGAUGGGUGUGUCUGCAGGGCUGGCGCCAUUGAUUCUUGGAAGGACAUUGACCGGCGUCGGUGCUGGUAUUGGUCUCUGUGUCGGUCCCAUCUACCUCUCUGAAUUGGCUCCUCCCAAGAAGCGGGGAGCAGUGGGCGUCCUGACCCAAUUUGCCAUCGUCGUCGGCAUCAUGAUCACCCAAAUCAUGGGCCUCCAGCUCGCAACUCCCACUCGCUGGCGCACGGUGCUCUUCUUCUCUGCGGCGCUCGCAGCGGUGCAGUUCGUUGUGAGCGGGGGGAUGAUCGAGUCUCCGACGUGGCUCGAUCGGAAUGGGCUACUCGUCGAGAAAGACAAGGCGGCGAAGAGAAUAUGGAAGAGCGGACAAAUCAUGCGGAGCACCGACACACCAAAUUACGACAGUCAGGAUCCUCUGUUGAGCACCGACGUGGAGGCGGUCGAGGACGAUACUGGCACACCCGUGCCUGUCGUCGAGGUGCCCGAACGUAACGACCAAGAGGAAGCCAUUACGGUGCCUGAGCUGCUGAAGGCGCCCAGCUUGCGCCGGCCCCUCACCAUCGUCUGCUUCUCGAUGCUCGUACAACAGCUUUCCGGCGUCAAUGCAGUCCUGUACUACAGCAACGACAUCCUUUCGAAAGCUUUGCCAGACUGGGGCCCGUGGAUUUCGGUUGGGAUUACGGUCGUCAACUUCCUGAUGACAUUUGCGCCGAUCAUUCUCAUCGACCGCGUCGGCAGGAAACAGCUCUUGUCCGUCUCCGCCGGAGGCGCGAUCCUCUCCCUGCUCGGUGUCGGCUUCGGGCUCAACUCGAGCCUCGUCGCCCUCGCGAGCGUCACAAUAAUCUCUUUCGUCGCGUCGUUUGCUGUUGGUAUCGGGCCCGUGCCAUUCGUGAUGAUCCCAGAGGUCUCGCCAAGCCAUGCCGUCUCCGCGCUCUCCUCCGUCGGCCUAUCGCUCAACUGGAUCGCGAACUUCCUCGUCGGGCUCGUCUUUCUGCCCCUGCGCAACGCGCUCUCGCAGGGCGACGAGGACAAGGAGGGCAGAGUGUUUUACGUGUUCGCCGCCCUGCUGGCGUUUUGCACGUUCGUCUUGUUCAGGGUGUAUCGGGGCUGAGCUGGGAGGUCGGACUGCAGUCGCAUGUGUAUUUAUAUAGCUCGUGAGUCAAGUACUGUUCGAUUCG